CCGGGAAGCCGCGAGUUUCCGCAGGAGGGAGGAGGCGGCGGCGGCAUCGGCGGCCGGGCGGGUCUACAGGUUGUGUUCACAGUCAACACUGCUCCCAGAGGAGGUGACAUCUUUCCUGCAUUUGCACAAAAUGAAUGUCAUGUGGUUAGCCAGACCAGGAGCUCAACCUCUCGGAGAGCCCAGCCUGCUGCUCUGAUGCCGAAAGGGAGGCGGAAAGCCCCACAGUUGGAUGCCCCCCUGGGCCUGCCCACCUGCCUCUGGCUGGAAUUAGCUGGGCUCUUCUUACUAGUUCCCUGGGUCAUGGGCCUGGCAGGGACAAGUGGGGCUGACACCAAGGGCACAGGGGGGCUAAGCUGGGCCGUACACCUUGGCGGUCCGGAAGGUGAGCAGGAGGAAGAGAGUCUGGAGCAACAGGCAGACGCUGUGGCCCAGGCAGCGGGCCUGAUGAACACUGGGCGCAUUGGAGAGCUUCGGGGACACUACCUCUUUGUCCAACCAGCCGGGCACAGGCAGGCCAUGGAGGUGGAGGCUGUGCGGCAGCAGGCAGAAACUGUGCUGGCCAGGCAUGAAGCGGUGCGCUGGCACUCAGAGCAGAGGUUGCUGAAACGAGCCAAACGCAGCGUCCACUUCAAUGACCCCAAGUACCCACAACAGUGGCACCUGAAUAACCGGCGGAGCCCCGGCAGGGACAUCAACGUGACAGGUGUGUGGGAAAGAAAUGUGACCGGGCAAGGAGUGACGGUGGUGGUGGUAGACGAUGGCGUGGAGCACACCAUCCAGGACAUCGCACCCAACUACAGCCCAGAGGGUAGCUAUGACCUCAACUCUAAUGACCCUGACCCCAUGCCCCAUCCGGACGUGGAGAAUGGCAACCACCAUGGCACACGGUGUGCUGGAGAAAUUGCUGCUGUUCCAAAUAAUAGCUUCUGUGCAGUGGGUGUUGCCUAUGGGAGUCGCAUAGCAGGUAUCCGGGUACUAGAUGGACCACUUACAGACAGCAUGGAAGCUGUGGCAUUCAACAAGCACUAUCAGAUUAAUGACAUCUACAGCUGCAGCUGGGGUCCAGAUGACGAUGGGAAGACAGUGGAUGGUCCCCACCAGCUUGGAAAGGCUGCCUUGCAACAUGGAGUGAUGGCUGGUCGCCAGGGUUUUGGGAGCAUCUUUGUGGUUGCCAGUGGUAAUGGGGGCCAGCACAAUGACAACUGCAAUUACGAUGGCUAUGCCAACUCCAUCUACACUGUCACCAUAGGCGCUGUGGAUGAGGAAGGACGAAUGCCUUUCUAUGCCGAGGAGUGUGCCUCCAUGCUGGCCGUCACCUUCAGUGGUGGGGACAAGAUGCUGCGGAGCAUUGUGACCACUGACUGGGACCUCCAGAAGGGCACUGGCUGCACUGAGGGCCACACAGGGACCUCAGCUGCAGCCCCUUUGGCAGCUGGCAUGAUAGCCCUCAUGCUGCAGGUGCGGCCCUGCCUCACGUGGCGGGACAUCCAGCACAUCAUUGUCUUCACAGCCGCCCAGUAUGAGGAUCGCCAUGCAGACUGGCUCACCAAUGAGGCUGGCUUCAGCCAUAGCCACCAGCAUGGAUUUGGCCUACUAAAUGCUUGGAGACUCGUCAAUGCAGCCAAGAUCUGGACGUCUGUCCCUUACUUAGCUUCCUACGUCAGCCCCGUGCUGAAAGAGAACAAGGCUGUCCCACAGUCUCCCCACUCUCUGGAGGUCCUGUGGAAUGUCAGCAGGACAGACCUGGAAAUGUCGGGGCUGAAGACGCUGGAACAUGUGGCAGUGACGGUCACUAUCACUCACCCACGACGCGGCAGCUUGGAAGUGAAACUGUUUUGCCCCAGUGGCAUGAUGUCCCUCAUCGGUGCCCCUCGCAGCCUGGACUCGGAUCCCAAUGGCUUCAACGACUGGACCUUUUCCACUGUGCGGUGCUGGGGGGAAAGAGCACGAGGCGUCUACAGACUGGUUAUCAGGGAUGUAGGAGACGAGCAGCUCCAGGUGGGCGUCCUCCGGCAGUGGCAGCUGACCCUGUACGGUUCUGUGUGGAGUCCAGUAGACAUCAGGGACAGACAAAAUCUCUUAGAAAGUGCCAUGAGUGGGAAAUACCUACAUGAUGGCUUCACGUUGCCCUGCCCACCUGGGCUGAAAAUUCCUGAAGAAGAUGGUUAUACCAUCACCCCUAACACCCUCAAGACCCUGGUGCUUGUGGGCUGCUUCACCGUCUUCUGGACUGUUUACUACAUGCUGGAAGUGUGCCUGAGCCAGAGGAACAUGGUCUCUACCCCACACUGUAAGAGUGGACCCUGCCGUUGGCUCCAACGGAGCCAAAACUCUAGGGAGGAGGGGACAGAGCUAGAAUCAGUGCCACUUUGUAACAGCAAGGAUCUUGAUGGAGUAGAUUCGGAGAACGGAGUUCCCACCACCACCUCUAGCCUCCUAGCCCCAAGCCUGCCCAGUGAAGAGGACUGGAACUUGUCCCAGAGCGACAAAAGUGUCCUGGACUGCCCUCAUCAGCAUCAACCCCCAGACCUGAUGCAGGGGAAGGAAGAGCAAAUCUGCUGACCCUCCAGGGGAGUGGGCUUUUCCUCCCCAAAACAACUCACUGAGAGCCAGGAGAGAAAGUGGUCUUGAAUCUGAGAAUCUGGAAUCUGAGACCUCCGUGGCAUUCUGGGCCACCCUCAAGGAGGGUGAGGCCAGUCAUAAGUGCAGUGACACAGGACUGGUAAGCAUCCAGCUGACUGGGAGCUUUGGGUGAGAAGGUCUUGAUUAAGGGAUUGGCACCAUCCCAGGCAAGACCUUGUCCCAAUCCUGUGGUACAGGUCAGUGACACAGGCCGUCAGGAACCCACUCCUGCAUAGGUUACACAGGUUCCUGCAGGACCAGGAGAGCUCUGACGGACAUAUUGCUGGGGUGCUGAGAAAAGGGCUCAGGGAAGAGACUGACGGAUCCUGGAAAUGCCUGCCCUGAAAGCAGUUGCCUUCAUUGCCCUUUCCUAUGCUCCUGGUCUAAAGCCAACCUUGAACUUGUCCCUGACUUAGACAGCCCCUUACCCUUCUUGCUGAAGGAUCAGUAUAGUGCUCCUGGGAUAGCUGGGAGGCACAUGGUGCCAAGGCCCCUGCUGCUUCAUGAUGGAAGUCUUGGGCAGAACUGCAGACAGGUGAGACACAAGUGUUUCCGAGGAGCCACUGCCACCCCAGCCCUGUGACUACCCUGUCUCCUGCAAAGUGCUCAGGGAAAUGCCUUCACCCUGGAGGCCAGCCGUCUGCCUGACAGGCUCUGGCUUUUCCUCUGUUCUUGGCCUCCUCCCCUCCUGUCUUCUGAGCUAAUUGAUUGAUCUGAAUUUUUUAAUGCUUAAGAUUUGAUUUUCUCUUUUCACAGCAACAUUUUGUUGAGUUUUGUUUUUCUGCACAGCUUUUCCAAAAUAAAAAUCUUUCAAACAA